AUGCACCAUUUUGCCAUGGCCCAUCAUCGUUGGCCAAGACAUGCGAGCAAACAGCGGCUGCUCGUCGUCAUUUUCCUGCUGCCUCGCCAACAAGGCACCAAAUGGUGCACCGCCACGGCAAGCCACAUUUGCACUGCCACAGGACCCGUCGGACAAGCUGUCCAAAGGCCCACUGGCGACGAGGCGGCGAGGUUCACAGCUUCAUGGUUGGACGAGUUUCAACCUCAACUCAUCCCUCGCCAUCAUCCCCGACGCGCCACCAUGUCCAACUUCUACGGCGCCCAACAGAACAACCUGUACCCGGGCGGCGCCGCCGCCGGUGGCUCUGCUCAGAAUCUCCAGUUCUACCCUACCUCCUACUCGCCCGCCGCCUCGGGCGCCGCCGCCGGCCAGCAGGGAGCCUAUGGCUAUGGCGGAUCCGCCCAAGGGGGCAGCUUCGCUUCCGGGGCCCAGGCCGGCGGCUUCACGUCUUCGGGCUUCGGCGCCGGUGCCGCCGGCGUGUCGGGUCGCAUGGGCGAGCAGGGUGGUCUGCGGACGGGCUGGCUGGCGGCCUUUUCCACCGAGGGCUACGACGGCGAGCCGCCGCUGCUCGAGGAGCUCGGCACGCUCGCCGUCCUGAACCCCUUCAAACCCAUCGACCAGCACAUCAUGGACGACGCCGACCUCGCCGGCCCGCUGCUGUUCUGCGUUUCCAUCGGCACCUUCCUGCUGUUCUCGGGCAAGGUCCACUUUGGAUACAUCUACGGCCUCGCCCUCCUCGGCUCUACGUCGCUGCACAUGAUCCUCUCCCUCAUGUCCCCCACCGACCAGCAAUCCAACGCCCCCCAGGCCUUCCACGCGCAGUACAGCGAUCAUUCAUCGGCCCAGCCGCAAGACCAGCAUGUGCGCGGUGGUCACUUCUCCCAAACCCUCACCUUUCCCCGUUCGGCCUCGGUCCUCGGCUACUGCCUGCUGCCGCUCGUGGCGACGAGCCUCUUCGGCAUCGCCAUGCCCAUGGACACACCCUUGGGCAUCGUCCUCACCAGCGCCGCCAUCGUCUGGUGCACCUACAGCGCCAGCGGCAUGUUUUGCGCCGUCGGCCGCAUGAAGGGCAUGCGGGCCCUCGUCGCCUACCCCCUCGCGCUCUUCUACGUCGGCUUCGGUAUCAUGGGUGUCUUCAGCAGCAGGGGAAGCGGCUCCUUGGCCAAGGCGGCCACCAAGUUGAACGGCUGA